AUGUCUUUACCAAGAAUGUUGUUGCAACGUUGCCCUUCUUGUUAUUCUAAUUUUGCCAAUUUUUUCUGUCAAUUUACUUGUUCUCCCUUUCAAGCUAAUUUUGUUAAAAUAACAGAAAUGCUCAACAAUAGCAAAGCUAUAUAUAAUGAAGCAUAUAUUUCUCGGGUAGAAUAUUAUAUAACUUCAAAAUAUGCUCAACAAUUUUUUGAUUCUUGUAAAAAUGUUCGGACAACAACCGGGGAUUUUGUUUUGAGUAUUCUUUGUGGAACGAGUAUUGAUAAUUGUACUCCUGAACGUUUAUUUAAAUAUAUUGGGACUUACAAUAAAGCUUUAAAUAUUCCUUUUACUAUUGAUGUGAUAAUAUCUCCAAACAACCAAAUAUUAUCAACUACCCCUUACCAAAAACAAAAGCAACGUUUGUUGAAGCCAAUGAAUACAACAACAUUCAAGUGUAAUGAAUCUUCUGAUUUGUCUGAUUCCCCAUGUUCCUGUGUUGAUUGUUUGUCUGCAUGUACAUCUUCAGCACCCUUUCCAUAUUUAUUUCAGGAAAGUUGUAAAAUGGCUACAAUGGAUUGUUCAACAGCAAUGAGUAUUAUGGCAACUUGUAUUUUGUUUGGAGUUGUGAUGUUAGCUGUUGUUUUGCAUUAUAUUCUGAGAAUGUAUACUUCAGAGGAUGUUGAUGAUAUUGCUGUUGAUAUUGUCCCCCGUUCAACUAAAGAAUCUGUUAAAUUCUCUCGAGUUCAAUUAGAAGAUUAUAUCAUUAAUUAUUGUUCCAAAUAUGGAAAUUUUGUUGCCCGUCACCCUUUAAUUAUUUUCCUUCUUGGUUUAAUCCCUUCUUUAAUAGCUUCUUCGGGAAUUGGAAUGAUUCGGUUUUGA